AUUCUGUCAUGACGUCAUCGCUAUCAAGAUGGCAGAAGGACUGAAGAGGACUCUCGGUAAACCUGGUUUUGACCCUGAAGACUAUGCCCGUGAGAUAGCCCAGAAGAGUGACGGGGACAGGGACUUGUUAGAACACAGACAGAGAGUACAGAACCUGCAGGAUGACACCUCCCUCGCACUCAAGAAAAAUGUCUACCAGAACUACAUGCAGUUCAUCGAGACAGCCAAGGAAAUAUCAUAUGUUGAGAGUGAGAUGUACCAGCUGUCCCACAUCUUGACUGACCAGAAGACCAUCAUGAACAGUAUGAUGCAGAUGUCAAUCACUGACAAAGAAGAGGCCCCCAAAGAAAAGGAAACACCCAAAGAGAAGGAAGACAAGAAGAAAAACCUGAGCACACUUCUGGAGAAAGUUGAAGGAUGUUCACAUGUGACAGAAGUACCAGGCCGUUACCUGGUACACAGUGGAGGUCUGGUGGAGCUGGACCCAGACUCUCACACACAGAUCCAGCGUGUUCACACCUUCCUCAUGAACGACAGUCUCAUGGUGGCCAGCUGGAUAGCCAGCAGACGAGGUCCAGUCCAUUACAAGUUCCAGGCCCUGUAUGAGUUAGACAGUUUGGCUGUGGUGAACAUCAGGGAUGCUGGGCCGAUGAAGAAUUCCUUUAAGGUGCUGAUGUUCCCAGACUGUAGAGUCUUCCAGGCUGAGAGCCCCAAAGCCAAGAGAGAAUGGCUGGACAGUUUGGACCAGGCCAAGAAGAGUAAAGCUGCGGCUGACAGCCAGAAGAAAGAAGCACAAGUCAAGGACGAUUCAGCAGGAGACAGCUUUGACAGAAGUAACCCAUUUGCUGAUAAUGAUGAAGAAGACCAAGACUUGCCUCUGCCCCCACACAUAAAGAGGUGGAUCGCUCAAAGUGCAGAGGAAAUGUUACGAGUAGACUGGAUACAAGAGUUACCUGAGGAUCUGGAUGUGUGUAUCGCACAGAGGGACUUCGAGGGAGCAGUUGAUCUUAUUGAUAAGUGUAAUGAAUACCUAGAAGAGGUCCCACAAUCACCAGCACUUAAAGAAUACAGAGCUCGUGUGGACCAGAGAAUCAAACACCUGACGGAGGUGCUGCAGCAUGAGCUGCAGGGGCUGCAGGGUGGACCCAAGGCUGCCAGACGGGCCGUACUGCAGCUCAUCAAGCUGGGCAAGUCUACUCAGGCGUGUGACUUGUUCCUGAGGAACCGGACCAUGGCAAUCAAGCGGUCCCUGCGCCAGCUGAAGAUGGAAGGUUCCACCACGCUGUACGUGAACAAGCUGUGUUAUGUGUUCUUCACCACCAUGCUGGAGGUCGGCAGGGAGUUCCAGAAGGAUUUCUCCUCCAACAACGGCUGCUGUUCAGCUUUUGUGGUGUGGGCUAAGCUGGAGCUGGAGACUUUUGUGGGAAUGUUUGCCCGUCAGGUCUUCUCCUCCAAAACCAGCCUGUCCAUGGUGGCAGAGUGUGUGGAGAUGGCUCAGCAGUACUGUGACAAGCUGUGUGAGAUCGGGCUGGACUUGACCUUUGCCCUCCACUCCCUGCUAGUGAAGGAUGUCCGUCGGGCAAUGCAUGAUGGGAGAGAUCAGAUAGUGGAGGCCAUCCGACAUAGAUCAAUGGAGGAGAAGUGGAGAGCGUAUAACCUGCAGACUCCCCAGGCCUGCAGGACGGUGGUGAAGGAGAUGGAGGACCUGGGACUCUCCAACUUCAAGUCUCUCAUGUACGACGACUGUUGGAUCAAACUCACCCCCAACAUGGUCAACUACACCAAACAGUUACUCCAGUUCCUGGACCAGUGUCUCAAGUUAUACCAACCUGAGUUACACAUGGUCCUGGUAGAAAACGUGAUGAUGAUUAUACGCUGUGUGGGGAAGCAGAUGGAGACAGCGCUCACAGCCAAGGAGUACACCAAGAAUCACCCCUUCAUUCUGAGGAACUCCAGCUUUGUCUUCGAGACUGUCGUGCAACGUAUAGAGAGAAGGUUCCAGGAACAUGUAGGAAAGCCAGCUAAGCAGUUCCAGGAGCUGAAGACUGACUAUGCCAAGCUGAGAUCACUGGCAAGAACACCAACUACUGAGCUGUAAAAAAUCUUUCCUUAUCCAUUCAUGUACCUACUCAACUACAGGGACACAUCUAGAGAUUAUGGCAUUGUCAGCCUACAUUGUAUAUAGUUUCAGUAAGCUCAGUCCUCUAUGAAAAUUUUUACAUAGCCAUGUUGCUUUAACCAUUGCUUCAAGGACUAUGUAAUCAUGGUCCUGUUUUCGGUUUGUCUCCAAAGUCUGCAAAAUUGCUACUAGCAAAUACAGUAUAUGCCUAGCCACCAAAUCUAUUGUAUUAUUUCAUAAAUGAUUCAGAAUGUUUAAGGUUAAAUUAAAGUAUACAUCGCAAAACUUUUUUGUUGAAAAUCUGGAAAAGACUGUAGAGGUGUAAUUUUAAUGUCUGUUAUUAUAGCCUCUCCAUAAUGUUAGUGCAAUAUAUAUGACCACGAUUCAGCUGAAAAAAAUGUUCAUCUAUACUAGUAUCUACAAACACACAUAUCAACACACACACACACACAUACCAUUGCACAGACACACACACUUAAACACACACACAUGUACACAUACACACACACAUGCUUUGAAAUGAUGAAUAAAGCACUCCACAGUGUUUGUAAAGAAAAUGUUUUAUUCCUGACAGCAGCAUACUGUGUGACAUCAUCGCAGUUCUGACAGUUUGGGCAUCUGAGACAACAGCCAUCAGAUCACCUUUGACCCCUAGUAAUACAUGUAAUGU